AUGCAUUCGUGGCGAAUAUCUAAGUUCAAAUUGGGGAAAUCCAAAGAGGAUGAUGGAAAUAGUGAAGACGAAAAUGAAAAAUCGUGGGGUAAUGGUCUCUUUCAUUUCCACCAUGGAGAAAAGCAUCACGACGGUAGCCCAAAGAACCACAACGAUGAACGCGAACACCAUAUAAGAAAGAUCAACACAAAUGAAACUCUGCCCACUUCUUUAAGUUCUCCAAAAUUACGUAAUGAUGCAUCCUUCAAGAACCCAUCGGGAGGGGAAAAUGACAAUUCUGACGCUUUCGAAAGGAAAGGUAGUCAAUCGUCUACAGAGGCGAAGAUACAGAGCUCAGAAUCCGGAUUGAUGACGGUAAAAGUGUAUUCUGGUAAAGACUUUACUCUUCCCUUCCCAAUCACCUCUAAUGCUACUAUUUUGCAAAAACUACUAAGUUCUGGUGUCCUUAGCUCAUCGCCCGAUAAAGCCUCGGAAAUUGCAACCAUAAUGCAACAGUUGCCACGUUACAAGAGAGUAGACCAAGAUUCAGCAGAGGAAGGUUUGGUAGAUAGAGCUUUUGCUACCAAAUUCAUUCCCUCAACUAUAUUAUUACCUGGAUCAGCAAAUUCAAGCCCGUUGCUUUAUUUUACGAUCGAAUUUGAUAACUCCAUUACUACUAUUAGCCCUGAUAUGGGGACGAUGGAGCAACCAAUAUUUAAUAAAAUAUCGACAUUUGAUGUAACAAGAAAAUUGAAUUUUUUAAAAAUCGAUGUUUUUGCAAGAAUUCCAUCUUUACUUUUACCCUCUAAAAACUGGCAACAGGAGAUCGGGGAACAAGAUGAAGCACUAAAAGAGAUUUUGAAAAAAAUUAAUACAAAUCGGGAUAUCCAUUUGGACUCCUUCCAUUUACCAUUAAAUUUGAAAAUCGAUUCUGCAGCCCAAAUAAGACUAUACAAUCACCAUUGGAUUUCUUUAGAGAGAGGAUAUGGUAAAUUGAAUAUAACUGUGGACUACAAACCUUCUAAAAACAAACCUCUCUCCAUUGACGACUUUGAUCUGUUGAAGGUUAUCGGAAGGGGUUCGUUCGGCAAAGUGAUGCAAGUAAGGAAAAAGGAUACACAAAAGAUCUACGCUUUGAAAGCGUUGAGAAAGGCAUAUAUCGUGUCGAAAAGUGAAGUGACGCAUACUUUAGCGGAGAGGACAGUCCUAGCAAGAGUCGACUGCCCGUUUAUUGUUCCACUGAAGUUCUCUUUUCAAUCUCCGGAGAAGUUGUACCUAGUACUGGCUUUUAUCAAUGGCGGUGAACUCUUCUACCACUUACAACACGAAGGACGAUUCAGUCUAGCACGGUCCCGGUUUUAUAUUGCAGAACUGUUGUGUGCUCUCGAUUCAUUACACAAGCUUGACGUCAUUUAUCGUGACCUGAAGCCGGAGAACAUUCUAUUGGAUUACCAAGGACAUAUUGCACUGUGCGAUUUUGGACUUUGCAAGCUGAAUAUGAAAGAUAACGAUAAAACAGAUACUUUCUGUGGUACUCCCGAAUAUUUGGCACCAGAAAUCUUGUUGGGGCAGGGCUAUACUAAAACCGUUGACUGGUGGACAUUAGGUAUUUUAUUAUAUGAGAUGAUGACAGGGUUACCGCCAUACUAUGAUGAAAACGUCCCUGUGAUGUACAAGAAAAUUCUGCAGCAGCCAUUACUAUUUCCUGAUGGAUUUGAUCCUGCGGCUAAAGAUUUAUUAAUCGGUCUCUUAAGCAGAGACCCAAAUAGAAGACUCGGCGUUAACGGCACAGAUGAAAUCCGUAACCAUCCCUUCUUCAAAGAUAUCUCAUGGAAAAAGCUACUUCUGAAGGGCUACAUUCCGCCUUAUAAGCCACUUGUUAAGAGCGAAGUAGAUACUGCAAAUUUUGACCAAGAGUUCACUAAGGAAAAGCCAAUCGACAGUGUAGUGGACGAGUACUUAAGCGCAAGUAUUCAAAAGCAAUUUGGUGGCUGGACGUAUAUUGGUGACGAACAGUUGGGUGACUCCCUUUCGCAGGGGAGAAGCCUUAGUUAG